GCCAUGUUAUUCCUCCUUAAAUCCCAUUUGCCAUUGUGCUCAGAGCUCAGUGUCCGCAUUUAACUUGGAUGACAUUUUGAUUUCAUCAUUACCCUCCAGACGCGUCCAUUCAUCAUCCAUCUAUCUAUCUAUCUAUCUAUCUCUCUAUCUAUCUCUCUAUCUAUCUAUCUAUCUAUCCAGGUUGAUCUUCGCAUGUAUUUUUAUUUUUAUUUUGUAAGCGCGUGAGGAAUCUUUAAAAGCUUCUUAAAAGCUUGAUAUUUGACUCUCGAGACACUUCCCGAGGAGAGAGGACUGUGCGUGUUUUUAUGGUGAUCCAAUGGCCGAGACAACGCCGGAGACUCGCCCGUUUAAAGACUCUCCGUUCUCCAUCAAAAAUCUGCUGAACUGCGAGAGCAAGCCCACUCUGAUCAAACCCAAAGCCAUCAUGAACUCCACCAAAGGACUCCUGGAGCACGGCUUCUCCCUGUCCCGCGUCGGAGACUUGAGUUUUCCGCGGUUUGAUUUGCCGGUGCAGAGGUUUGGAUUAGCGGCUCACUGGUGGUACCCGUACGGACACUUACACAGAACUGCAGUGUCAGAGAGGCCGGCGGUUAGAGACUUAUCCCCGGCGUCCGGUACAGACAGAGACUCACCGGAGCCGCGGCUCGCGUUAGAACCGGACGCCAAAGAGGACGAGGAGAGCAAAAGCGUGGAUGAAAUCCUCCUGGAGGAAAGCGACACGGACGAGCCGAAGCGCGACGACGCACGGGAAGCGUCGGGCGCGGCGGCGGAGAGCUCGGACAAGCGGCCACCGUGCCGGAAGAAGAAGACGCGCACAGUGUUCUCGCGCAGCCAGGUGUUCCAGCUCGAGUCCACCUUCGACGCCAAGCGCUACCUGAGCAGCGCCGAGCGCGCGUGCCUGGCCUCCAGCCUGCAGCUCACCGAGACUCAGGUGAAGAUCUGGUUCCAGAACCGGCGCAAUAAGUGGAAGCGGCAGCUGGCGGCGGAGCUCGAGGCGGCCAGUCUGAGUCACACAGCCGCGCGCCGCAUGGUCCCGGUCCCCGUGCUUUACCGCGAGGGCUCAGCCAGCGACACCGCCAGCGCCGCGUCCAGCCACGCCACAGCCGGCCAGCCUCUCCUCACCUUCCCACAUCCGGUCUAUUAUCCACAUCCGGUGGUCGCCGCCGUGCCGCUGCUCAGACCCGUAUGAACUCCGCGCUCGCUCGCGCUCAUCAUCACUCACUGCCCCAAUUCAUGAACGGUUUAUAACGCGACCACGUCAUCUAAUGUUUCUAAUGAAAUAAAAUAAAGAAAGGAGGUAAAAUAAACAAAUAAAUAAAUAAAACAAUUGUUUGUACUGCUGAAAAAAAAAUCAACUCAGCAGGUUAUUAUUAUUAUUAUUAUUAUUAUUAUUAUUAUUAUUAUUAUUAUUAUAUAAUUGGCCAUAUCAAACACAUAAAUGGGAGCUCCAGAAACGGUGAUGGAUGCGUUUCAAUUUUUUUUGAAGUAUAUAAAAAUGUUUUCAUUAGAAUUCCUCCCUGCGCGCGCGCGCACACACACACACACACACACACACACACACACACACACACACACUGAGUAACUGCAGUCAGAGCUUCAGUGUGCGGACAAUCACCUGUCUUACACCUUUAUACCAAUGACGUCAUGAAUCUUGCAUUAAAUCCAUCCAUCCGCGUUGCUUUGGUCUUUUUCUUUUCCUUUAUGAUUCUUUCUCUUUUUUUCCUCUAUUUUUUUGGGAAGCCCGGUUCAGUGUACAUAUUUAUAAAUAUAUAUAGCUAUAAAGGGUGUUGUAAAUAUACAUAAAUCAUGCUGGUGAGAAAUGCAAUGUUGUGUAUAAUGAAACAGAUUUUGAUAUUGUAUUGCUGUAAUAAAACUGGUUGAUCGA